AAAAAGUUUAGAACUUAUGUGUGGUCGUUUUUUCUUCUUUUCUUUACUUUUCAUGAAUCUUUCCUCGAAUAUCUUCAGUUUUAGCCCAUAUAAGUUUUGCUCUAGUGCAAAAUCGGAGAAAAGACGCAACUUUUUUAGUGUAACUCGAACAGCAACAGAAGAUGGAAAAGUCUCAAGGAAAGUUGGGAUUUUUUUCCGGUAACGGCGGCGGCAGCAUGAAAAAUCGUUGCAGUCAGUCAGCUAGCGGCUGUCUUAGCUGGUAGCAAACAGUUACGAAUGUUUCGACUCCGCGCAAUCGUGGGAAAUCCUACGAUUUUGUGGGUGUUUUUCGGUCUGCUUUCACCGUCUUUGUCGUCCUGCUGCCGCCGCUACGGGACGCUGCUGUCGUCGGUACCGGAGUCUGGACAUCCCCCGGGCUGUAACGGGACAUACCGGGCUCCAUCAGAGCUCACACCUCCGGCGUUUUACUCAGGGAAGCAUUGGAACUUUUGCACUGAGUGGGAUGGGCUGCGUGUCCAGAGAGGAUCAGGUGACUCCGGCCUGUCAGGUGCGGUGGGAUUCAGCGGAGCCCGGCUGUUUUCUGAAGAAGGGCCGCUCUCCUCUUCAGCCCCUCAUGGCUUCUGGGGACACUCGCUGUACUCGUCCCUCACCUUCAUGUCGAACGCGGUGCUCGUCAGAAACAGCAGGAACACUCUAACCAGACAAAGCCCUCAUCACAGCCUGCCUCAGGUCCAGAAUGUGGCCCGUCCGUCAUCCUUUUUGGUGAAAUUUAGGAAGUGUGCUCAGGUGAACCUGGAUGCGGCUCCUCCUCAGCUGACCUUCUACCUGCUGAUCCAUAACAUGGGUCCCGCGGGGGGCACCAACCUGUCUCAGGUGGCGAUCCGGGACUCGGUUUCAGGAAUAGUUCCCAUCAGAACUGAUGGCAGAGUGGUGGAAAGAGGCUUCCAGAUGUUUGCAAUCGAUUCCCUGAUGGCUGGAUCGUAUGUUGCUGUUAACUAUACUGCUUUUGUGAGAAGUCACAAGAGCGAAAUCCUCCAGCUACCUGCCUUCCUGACUUUCUCAAAUGCCUCCCAGAAUGACGUCUGUAUGUUUGGUCCUUUACAAGCCAAUCUGACGUUGAGGGUAAAUUCCACCGAUGCUAUUUCUCCCAACCAUCGAGUCCAUUUUGCUGGCUUUGCUGCUGGAUUCUUGGUGGCCUCGGCUCUUCUGUCGGUCGGCUUUCUGGCCAUGAACCUGGCAGGUCCCAACGCCGGACUGCGUCUGCUCCAGCAGAGAAGGAACAGAGGGGAUUCGGACCCUGAGUAUGCAGACUGCAGCAUGAGGGAAGCCAUCAAAGAUGAAGCCACAUUUGAAGACAACAUGGUGGAUGUCAUGGUGCUGGAAGAACCUCAGAACAUGUACCAGGCUUUGGAAAACGUUGAAAUGUCCACACUGCUGCGGGCCAGCAGCAACCUGGAGCUCAUUCGGAUUCAGAUCUACAAAGACGUGAUGUCCUGCUUGCUUGGCGGUCUGCAAUCUGAGCGCCGGACCAGCAUCCGGGCCCAGGAGAGGCUGCUCAGCGUGCUUCAUGGACAGCUGCUGGCCAUGGAGGGGCGCCUGAAGGAGGACCGCGGGGCCCGCAUGGCUGCCCUCGCUGGUCAUUGCAACCUGGAGACCCGGGAGGAAAUGGAAGCAGAGCAUCGGCGUGAAGCUGCAGAGAAGGCCCGGGCAGAGCGGCUCUGUCAGCACGCAGACCAGCAGGAGCUCCUCCGCUGCAGUGUCCUCCUGGAGAAGCUGCACAAGCUGAACCAGAGUCGGCUUCAGCGCACGCUCCUGGUGCGGCACGAAGAAGCCUCGGCCAAGGUCCAGCGGCAGAUCGUUGAGCGCAGACGGGUGGAGCUGCACAAGAUCUUCUCCGAGGAACUGGAAGAGGCCGUGAGGAUGGACGAGCUGGAGAAGAGCGCAGCAAAAAGUCUCCUGCACAAAUACUUCACCUGUCAGGAUGAGCUGGAGGAGGUCCUGGAUGUGGUCGUCGCCAACCAGCGCUACGUGCUGUCCGAGCGCAGCGCACAGAGGAGGUUCCUGGUGCACAGCCUCCACAGCCUCAACGGCCUGAUUUCAGACUCCUUCUCCACCUCCUCCAGGACCCUGGACAGCUGGUUUGCUCACGUCAGGAGGGGGAGUCUCAUUCCUGCCGAGCAUAUAGAGCCGCUGCAGGAGAAGGCCCAGAAGGAGCUUGUGAUGGUCCGACAGAGGCUGGAUGAAACGCUGAACCAGGAGAGGAGAGCCAUGCGCUGUGAACUGAUCAAGAAGAGGAGAGAGCUCAUCUCUGACAUGGUGACGCUGCACAAACAGAGACAGAGGGAUUUGUCGAGCGCGUGCCGAGACCAGGAGGAAAAAGUGGACGUAGGACAGCAUCUACGCUGCUGGCAGGACCUGUUGACGGCUCACAGCUCAGAGCUUUCAGAACUCAUCAACAACCUGGAUGAAGAGGCUGCCGCAGACAUCCGGAAGGUGACCAUGCGGGCGAUACAGGCGGCUUUAGCUGAAGUCAAAACCAUCCAGCCCUCUGCCGCUCAAGCCGCGCUGACGCUCCUGCCUCCAGGAGCUAAACUCCCCUCCCUGCCGCUGGAAGCAGAGGCAGGACCACGGCAGGCCGCGGGACAGGGCCAGGAACGGCUCCAUCAGGAAGGCAAGGCGGCCCUCUGCACCCUCAGCUGCACCCGGGAGGCGCUGCGGCGAGCCAUGGAGGAAGAGCUGCAGCAGCAGAGAGAGCUGAGGACGCGCUGCAGGGAUUUCUUCAGGCGUCUUUGUCUCUCCCAGCUGAGUCUGUCAGAGGAGGACGGACUGAGGAUGAGGCUGGAGUUCCAGAAGUGUCUGUCGGUCAUCGACCGCUGCCUGGUUCUGCCUCACGCCGUCUCCAGAACCAAGCUGCACGCCGCCAUGGCAACGUGGAGGAAGAAGGGCGGAGAGCAGAUGACGGACUCCAGAAAGAAAACAGACACGUCUGAUCUGCUGCUGUUCCAGGAGAGCCUGCAGGAGAGAAUUCAGCUGUUUGAGAAGGAGAAAGAAAUGGAGACGGGUUUAAUGGAGGAGGUGCUGGAGGAGAUGCAGAAGGAGAGGUCGGCUCUCCUGCUUUCUCAGACAGACGGCCUCGCCGUUCAGAUAGCUACAAUCCACUACCAGAAGGCUGAGAGGUGCAGCAAGCUCCUGGAGACGUCCAGGGCCGCGCUCGCCCUGCAAAGCCUGCUCAUUCAGCAGCUCAGAGAGGGGAAACAGCUGGAGAAGCAGGAGCUGGCUCAGGUCAUACAGAGCCACUGUCAGGACCUACAUCUGCAGCAGGAGAAGGAUGAGCUUGUUCUGCAGUCGUGUGAGUCUGCAGCCCCAUCAAGUCAGUGCUGCCAUAAGGUCUCUGAGGGAGAGGAACGCAGUGAGGAAGAUGAAGGGUUUCAGCUGCGCUCAGACGCCACGAUGACGUCCGUCCUCCAGGAGGCGCUUCACAAGUGUGAGCAGGUUCUCACGCUGAUGGCUGAGAGGUUUCACGUCUUGAACCUCAGCGAUCAAUCUGUGGAGGAUUCCAAAGAGGGGACGGAGCUGGAGAGGCUGCGUUCCCUCUGUGACCUGGAUCUGGAGUUUGCGUCUCAGCUGCUGAAGCAGACUCGCGUAUCAGCCGCCGCCCUGCAGGAGGCGCUGCGCCUGCUCCUGCCAACGCUGCCGGAGAGCGAGCUCCUGUCGCUCGCCGACGUCCUCUGCCCCAAACACUCUGCAGAACAGGAGCAUUCUGGAUUCCCUGGAGACGUGAACGCUGUCUUCCUGGUCAAGCUGCGAGGAGAUGUGGUGCAGAAGAAUGCCAUGAGCGUGCCCGGCUGUGCCGUGGCAGCAGAGAGACUGCAGGAGCAGAGGCAGAGUCUGAUGGAAAAACUGCUCCCACCACCCAUCCUUCAGCUUCCAAAAGACGGCGAAGCUUCGCUCACUGGGGGAAAAGGAGAGCAGGACGGACCAUUGAGAACGCCGCCGCCGCCGCCACCGCCACCGCCUCCUGGUCUGAAAUCAAGCCUGUCAGAAAAGCAGCAGCAGGUGGAGCUGCCCUCAGCAGAGGAGCUGAACUCGGCUGUAGCAGAACGUCUGUUCGUCUUCCGGGAUCCCACUGAGGCGGAUCGGGCCCAGCAGAUCCCUAAGAGACCGAAAAAGAGGAAUUUCCUCAAUUUAAAGAAAAGUUCGGUGGCUCCAGCAGACUUUCCAUGACGUUAACCUGCAGAAACACCUGUACUUUCUGUCUCCUCAGUGUUUCAUGACGCUUUGCAGGAUAAUAAACCUGAAAAAAGCUUUCGUUUUUGUAAAUGUGUAAAAGCAUCCGGCUUUGUUAUGUUUAAAGGCAGCUUUGAAAUGUUCACUUAAAUUCAGGAAUUUAAAACAAAUAAAUCUUAAAUGUUUA